AUGUUGAAACUAAAAUCCUCAACGAAGCUCUUCUUAACAGGAUCACAAAUUAGAAAAAUGUCAACAAAACACAGCUUAGCAAAAAGAUAUCAUGGCACUGAAAAAAAUGUUUGGGUGGAGUUCAGUAAAUUAGCAGCAGAUUACAAUGCCGUGAAUUUGGGCCAAGGUUUUCCUGAUUAUAAACCACCAACAUUUGUGACUGAAGCAAUGAAAGAAGCAGCCAAUUCUUCAAACCACCUUUUACAUCAGUAUGCUCGUGGUUUUGGACAUCAGCGCUUAUGUGAAGCACUGUCAAAAAUUUACUCUCCCAUUAUGGGACAAUCAAUCAAUCCAAUGAAAGAUAUUUUGAUCACAGUUGGUGGCUAUGGAUCUUUAUACUGCUGUAUCCAUGGAUUCAUCAAUCCAGGAGAUGAGGUAAUCAUCAUUGAACCAUAUUUUGAUUGUUAUGAGCCAAUGGUAAAGUCUGCUGGUGGAGUUCCUGUUUUUGUUCCUCUGCGAACAAUGAACAAAGCGACUGAUGGAAAAAUAUCAAGUGCUGAUUGGAAAUUGGAUGAGAAAGAGUUUGCUAAAAAGUUUAAUGACAAAACUAAGUUGUUAAUAUUUAACACUCCAAAUAAUCCUUUGGGAAAGGUGUUUUCACAAUCAGAAUUGGAAAUGAUUGCUGAUCUCUGCAUAAAACAUGACGUUGUCGUUGUUGCAGAUGAAGUUUAUGAAUGGCUUAUUUUCGAUAAUAAAAAACAUCUAAAAAUUGCCACUUUACCUGGCAUGUGGGAGAGGACACUUACUAUUGGAAGUGCCGGAAAAACAUUUAGUGUGACUGGCUGGAAGACAGGUUGGACUAUUGGGCCAGCAAAACUACUGCAGCCAGCAACUGUUAUACAUCAAAAUUGUAUAUAUAACGUACCAACUAUAACUCAGGAAUCUGUAGCCAUUGCAUUUGAACAUGAGCUGAAAUUUAUUAACACACCUGAAUCUUAUUUCCAAUAUCUGCCUGCAGCUGUUACAAAGAAACGUGAUGAAUUGGCAAAAGUUCUCAUUGAUUUGGGGAUGGAACCAACAAUUCCAGAAGGAGGAUUUUUCAUGAUGGUAAACAUUGCUCCACUUGGAAUUAAAGUGCCAGAUGAUGGAACAGAUGAUCCAGAUGACUUUAAGUUUAUUCGUUGGAUGAUAAAAGAAAAGAGACUGGCUGCCAUUCCCCCUUCAGCCUUUUACUCUUCAAGCAAUAAGCAUCUGGGAGAGAAAUUUAUUCGGUUAUGCAUUGUGAAGGAGGACAGCACCUUAAAAGCAGCAGCAGAGAUAUUUAAGGAUUGGAAAAAAACACUUUAA